AUGGCUCCCAAAGAGAAAGUGGGCAAGGACAAAGACGCCGGCGAUCAACGCCCACUGGAGAUUGCACCGCCGCCGGACUUCUUCGCGACACGAAACGCAUUAUUCGACAAGAGAAAAGCAGAGGAAGAGGCAUGGAGAGCACAGCAGCCACGUGAGAAGAUUGAGAUCACACUAGACAAUGGCAAGACGUUGGAGGGCACCAGCUGGGAGACAUCACCCUCGCAGAUUGCCAGGGACAUCUCCAAGAGCCUUUUUGAACGCACAGUAAUCGCUAAGGUCGAUGGCGAGCUUUGGGAUUUGGAUCGACCGCUGGAGAAGAGCUGUAAACUUGCACUGCUGGACUUCGAGCAUCCCGACGGCAAGUUUGUCUUCUGGCACAGCAGUGCUCACAUUCUCGGAGAGGCUGCGGAGCGAAGAUUCGGCUGCUCUCUGUGUAUAGGACCACCUGUCGACGAUGGCUUUUACUAUGAAAUGGCGCUGCCCGACGGUGCAGCUGUCACCUCAGCCGACCAUAAGCCUCUCAAGCAACUUGCUGAGAAGGUCAUCAAGGAGAAGCAGCCCUUUGAGCGACUCACAUUGAGUAAGGAGGAUCUGCUUGAGAUGUUCUCGUACAACAAGUACAAGCAACACAUCAUUCAAGACAAAAUACCAGAUGGCACAUCUACCACUGUCUACCGAUGCGGACCUCUCAUUGACCUUUGCAGAGGACCGCAUGUUCCUCACACCGGGCGCAUAAAGGCCUUCGAGAUCAUGAAGAACUCAUCUAGCUACUUUCUUGGUGAUGCGAAGAACGACAGUCUGCAGCGCAUAUACGGUGUUUCAUUCCCUGACAAGAAGCAAAUGGACGAGCACAAGCAUAUGCUCGAGGAGGCCGCAAAGCGCGAUCAUCGCAAGAUCGGCCAGGAGCAAGAACUAUUCUUCUUCCAUCAGCUGUCCCCAGGUACCGCUUUCUGGAUGCCACACGGUCAGAUCAUCAAGAACGCACUCAUGUCAUACAUUCGCGAGGAGUACUGGAAGCGCGGCUACCAGGAGGUUGAAUCGCCGAACAUGUACCACUCGAAUUUGUGGAAGCAAUCCGGACACUGGGCGCACUACAAGGACGAUGUUUUCGCAUUCGAAGUCGACAAGGAGCAGUGGGCGCUCAAGCCCAUGAACUGCCCGGGACACUGCUUGAUGUUUGGCCACCGAGAGCGGAGUUACAAGGAGCUGCCAAUCCGCAUGGCUGACUUUGGUAUUCUUCACCGCAAUGAGGCCUCUGGCGCUCUGAGUGGUUUGACCAGAGUGCGUCGUUUCCAGCAAGAUGAUACUCAUAUCUUCUGCCGAGAAGAUCAAGUGGAGGAAGAGAUCAAGCAGCUGUUUGACUUCAUGACUGCUGUGUACGGUCUCUUCGGCUUCAAGUUCCGCAUGAAGCUUUCCACCAUGCCUGAAGGCCAUCUUGGUGAUGUUGCUACCUGGGAGCGGGCUGAAGAGCAACUCACAAAGGCCCUCGAUGACUUCAAGGCCAAGACUGGCACACCUUGGGAGCUGAACCCAGGAGAUGGUGCUUUCUACGGACCUAAGAUUGAUAUCACUAUUUCGGACGCGCUGAAGAGAGAAUUUCAAUGCGCAACAAUCCAAUUGGACUUCCAGCUUCCGCAACAAUUCAAUCUCGAGUACCGGACCGAAGGGCAGGCUGUCGCUCGGGGGCCGCAGGUCAACGGCGACAAGCCAGCAGACGUGCCACAGGCUGCCGAUGGUGACGACAAGCCCGACGAGAAACUCGUCAUCCGCAGCGCUCCUCCCGCCGAGCCAGACUCGCAGGCCGCGCCAAAGGGCGAAGCUUCAUUCCGCCGCGAACUCACACCUGGUUGCGCCCGGCCUGUCAUGGUCCACCGCGCCAUCUACGGUUCUUUCGAACGCUUCAUCGGCAUCCUGACUGAGCACUUUGCCGGCAAGUGGCCCUUUUGGCUUUCUCCCCGGCAGAUCCUUAUUGUUCCCGUCAUGUCCGCCGUCAACGACUACGUUCUCGAACUUCAAGAACUCUUCCGCUCCAAGCGCAUGCACGUCGAUGUCGACCUGAGCGGCAACACCAUGCAAAAGAAGAUCCGCACGGGUCAACUGGCUCAAUACAACUUCAUCUUCGUCGUCGGUGCACAGGAAAAGGAGAGCAGGAGUGUCAAUAUUCGGAACCGGGACGAUCCCAACACUCAAAAGAUGGGUGAGCUCAUUCCGGUCGAUAGGGCGCUUGUGUUGUUGCAGGAGUUGAGGGAUGAGAGGAAGUUGGACAGUCGGUUGAAUGCGAAUGCGGAUGUGGGUGACAAGGCGCCAGCCCCGGCGGAGACUUCUUCUUAG